UCCAAACCUACGCUCUGAGUGCAACUGUUUACCCUGACAUUUCAAUUAAAAAAUAAAAUGUAUGAAACAUGUCAAUUUUGACAGACUACUGUUUGUUGCACCUUUGACCGUAGGUUUGAAACGUAGCUUUGUUUUUCUGUUUUAUGGAAAAUACAUAUUGAAAAUCAAGAAUUUUACAGAGUUUAACUGUAAUAGAGUUAAAUAGUGCUUUUUAUGAUAAAGUAAGCGAUUUAAUUAAAGUGUACACAUCACUGUCAUGUGAUUUUUUCAGUGUUUUCUGCAGAAUUUUUUGAAAUGUGUGAUAUUGAAGAACCGCCAACGAAGAUGUCUAAAUUCGACGAGAUGUCCCAAACAUAUACCCAAGAAGAGGAUGUAGAAGAAGGCCAGGAAGAAGCUCAGGAAGAGUGGUUGAGCGAAGAAAUGCUCACCGAUGAGGACGGUAACACCACUAUAGAGCAGGACCCUAGCGACAGUGCAGUCGGUAACAACACUCAAGUGAGCCAAGACAAUACCAACCUUAGCUCGAACGACACAAGCUCUAAACUCGACCAUUCCCAGAUUGAGGAGGCGCUCAAUAAUAUGGACAGUGAGCAGGACGACCUGCCCGAUGUGCUGAACACAUUCCUGGUGAUGAAGAAAGGCAAUAAGACGGAGAGUAAACCCGUAGCUCAAGAGGAAUCUGAUGGCAACGAUACCGAUGAUCUGUUGAGAAUGCUAGAGGAUGACGUUAAGAAGACGACAAAGAAGGUGAAGGUCGUGAGUGCAAAAGACAAGGAAGAUAAGAAGAAAGCAGAGCAGGAGACCUCUAGCGACGAUGAAGACGAUUUUGUUUUUGAGGGUGCAUCAGUGCAGCAGCUGCGGAUAGCUCACAGUGUCCUCAUGAAGAAGCUGCCCGCCUCUAAAGCAGUCCCCGAAGACUCCAGCAAUGAUGAUGACGAUGAGGAUUCAACAGACAAACCUGUCGUCAGGAGAGUAAAAUUCGCCCGCAAAUCCGGCAACUACGCAGCUAAAAGUACAAGCAAGCCGCAGAAACCACAAUCGCCAAUCAACAAACAACGAGUCAGAAUCACUCGUAGCGCCUCCAACGCUUCCCGAACUCAAACCCCCACCCAAACUUCUAAAACCCCCACCCAAAUUUCUAAAACCCCUACCCAAACAUCUAAAACCCCUACCCAAACUUCUAAAACCCCUACCCAAACUUCUAAAACCCCUACCCAAACUUCUAAAACCCCUACCCAAACUUCUAAAACCUCUACCCAAACUUCUAAAACCCCUACCCAAACUUCUAAAACCUCUACCCAAACUUCUAAAACCCCUACCCAAACUUCUAAAACCUCUACCCAAACUUCUAAAACCCCCACCCCAACUUCUAAAACCCCUACCCAAACCCCUAAAAAUACUCCCAUAGGUAAUAAUAAGACGACUACAUUGAAAUCGAAGAAUGAAUUAGCGAAUGAAACUGCUAAGAAGACCAUACUUACAUUUGGCAACAAUGUUACACUGAAAAUGAAUACAUCAUCUCCAGUGCAGCAAUAUACCAACAAGAACCUCAAGAAGCCCAUCCUGAAGUCAUCACCGGCCCCCAAACCGGUCGACAAACCAGUAGCCAAACCGGUCGAGCAACCAGUGGUCAAACAGCUCAACAAACCGGCGAUCAUCAAGAGAGUUGUCAUUAACAAGAAUGUAACAGAGAAGUCAGAGACUCUGAAGGUGGCGAAACCGGCCGUACGCCUGGAGUCAGAGGAGAUCAUCAACGAAGACGAGUUCCUUGAAGAUGAUGACUUCGAUCUGGAUGAGGAGUUUGCCGAUGAGUCUGACACUGAGUUGGACAAACGCGCCAUCAAGCAACGCAUCAUGAGACCGGAGCAAUUGGACGAAGAAAUGUUCUCAGACGGUGACUCGAUGUCGGAAGAGGAGAGCCUCUUCGAUGACCUGCCGUCGUCAGACAGCGAUUUGGACGACUGGUUCACGCUGGACAUCCGGGACGAACGCGCCGGUGAUUAUUUACCUCUCUUGGGUAAUAGGGCAUUAGAACUGCUACUAGGUGAGAAGAAACGCGUAGCCAAUCGCGUGGAAACACUGAAGCAGAGCCUCGAAUCUUUGUCCAACAGCGCCAUAAUACAAGCGAACAAAAUAAGGAGUGCGAAUGGCGACCUCGCCGAGAUAGAAGACAUGAUUAAAGCUGCCUGAGAUAGCGAAUAAACUUGAACUACCCUCUAUAAUACCCUAAUAAUGGUGCCACCAUUCAUUAAUUAAGAAGUACUAUUUACAGUGAGCGCGCGAGUUGAAUGCAGAGCUUAGGAAUGCGCUAGUGAUGUGACCCAAUUAGAAUUAUCGAUGUCUAUAAUGAGUAUGAAUAAAUAAAUAAUAAAUAAAUAAAUCUUUAUUUAAUAUCAAUAUAUAUAUAUAAAACUCAAAGGGGACUGACUGACAUAGUGAUUAAUCAACGCACAGCCCAAACCACUGGACGGAUCGGGCUGAAAUUUGGCAUGCAGGUAGAUGUUAUGACGUAGGCAUCCGCUACGAAAGGAUUUUGAUCAAUUCUACCCCCAAGUGGAUAAAAUAGGGAAUGAAAGUUUGUAUGAAACUUUGUCAAUUUAAACCGAUCGCGCUGAGACUUUGCAUGCAGGUAUAAGAUGAAUCAUAGAUGAAUGUCAUUGUGUAUAAUACAAGCCUGAGAACAAAAACUGUAGUCUACACUUCAGCUCUACACCGAAGCGAAGCGAGGUCGGGCCACUAGUUAUCUAUACAGUAUUCUAUCUUCAUACAAACGGUCGGAAAGCGUGUCAUACCUACGCCACUCGAGUUCGCGCGGCACCCGGUGGGCAUCCAGUCGCGAAUGCGCCGCAGCGACGACCGAACGGUGUCAAUAGUUUUUUAAGCAGUUAGCCGUGCUUAAACGUGCGAUUUCGAUUGUGAAUAUUAGAUUGAAUUAAUUAGAUAACUUCAAAAUUUAAUAUGGCAAAGAGCAAUAGUCGAUAUGGUGCUGUUUUUGGUUGCUUGAACUCUUCAAUAAAUAAAUAUGCUUAUAAAAUAAAUAAAAUUAUAACUAUAAUUGCUAUUUCUUCUUUCAAAUGUUUAAUACUUGAAAAAGUAUUCAUUUGACAUUGUGGGUUACCUACAAUGCGAAGAGAUGGCGCUGCCUUGCAGCUUAAGGCUAGGAAAAUAUCGACGCGGCUAAUAGGGCCGUGGUAGCAUAAUGGUCAGUGCAUUCGCCCGGAUAGCGAAGGAUGCGGUUUGAGUCCCGUCCGCUGCCUGGUCCGCGUGGAUUUUUUUUCUAGUAAACUUUUCUUUAGAUUUAAACAUCUAGCAGUUAAAUGCUUAUAAAAUAAAUAAAAUAUAACAAUAAUUAAACUUUUUGUACGAAUGCGUAUUUAUUAUACUAUUAAAUUUAAUAAUAAAGCUUUUCGUACGUCUCAGUCGCGGCGUAAAUAUUUUUCUGUCUCUAAUCUAUAUUUUUUUUUAUUAAAUAUUAUAAUUAAAAUAACAUGUAUUUUAUGUAGCACUUCCUAAUUCAUUCACAAUUUUUUUUUACAUAUGAAAUAAAAUAUCUACACUACAAUCACAAAAGUAGAAAGAAACUCAAUUAUGUACAUGAAAUUAAAAUACUGUAGCCCUACUGCGUGGAUACGCCCCGCUCGGCCGUAGUCAGUUAUUUCAAGGACAGGGCCGAGUCACAAUACUGUAUAGAUAAUAUUACCGUGCCUCAGGCCCCCACUUCAUUCAACUCGCGCGCUCUCUGUAGUAAGUUUUUCACCUCCAUUCCUAUUAUAAGAAAAUAAAAAACGGUUGUCUGUAAAGUCGGUUUACUGACGAUAGUUGAACGUGACAACGUUUUUUACAAUAUACAUAGUUUUCACAACUAUGAAUGUGCUUUGAGCAAUUGUUUUACAAAUUUAAACAUGUGUGAUAACAUUACAUUUAUCGCCACAAUUAUUGUUGCUAUAAACAAUUGGCACCACAUUCACUUGUCACUGCACUUCAUACUUACGAAAACAUGUCAAUAAAUGUAUUAUUGUAUAGCAGCUGUCCACGCGGACGCAUCGCUCACUCAGGUAGGAGAGAGACAGAUGUCGAACGCUGCUGAACGCGGAGGCCGAUUGUGCCUCUUUGUCGCUCGUUGCGUGCUCUCGCUUGCACUUCAAGCCUUAAAUGGAACGCCUAAGAGCGAGGUAACGCCGCAUGAGUCAUGUUUUUUCGUGCGUACAGCCGGCUCUAUCGAAUUAUAAGACGUUGUCAGGUCAAUAAGGAUACGCCGACAUCUGUUUAAUGUUUAUCUGACAUUUUCACUAUGUUCAUGUUUCGUAACUAUAUUUUUAAAUUUAACUGCUAGAUGUUUAAAUUUUCUUUAGAUUUCAACAUCUAACAGCUAAAUGCUUAAAAAAUAUAACUAUAGUUGGUAUUACUUCCUUAAUAUUUUUUACACUUGUAAAGGUAGAAAAAAUAUAACUAGAAAAAGUUCCACGCGGACCAGGCAGCAGACGGGACUCGAAUCCGCACCCUUCGCAAUCCGGGCGAAUUUACUGACCAAUUAUGCUACCGCGGGCCUGAUGGCCGCGUCGAAAUUCUCCUAGCCAUUCUUAAGCUGCAAGGCAGCGCCAUCUAUUCGCACUGUAGGUAACCCACAAUGUCAAAUGAAUACUUUUACAAGUAUUAAACAUUUGAAAGUAAAUCUAUAAUUUUCAAGUUAUAUUUUCUUUAGAUUUAAACAUCAAGCAGUUACAUGCUUAAAAAUAUAAAAUUAUAACUUGUAAAGGUGUUCAUGUGACAUUGUGGAUUACCUAUAAUGCGAAGAGAUGGCGCUGCCUUGCAAUCUAAGAAGUACUAAAGAAAAUGCAACACGGAAAAUUAGGGGCCCGGUAGCAUACUGGUCAGUGCAUCCGCCCGGUUAGCGGAGGGUGCGGGUUCGAGUCCCGUCUGCUGCCUGGCCCGCGUGGAAUUUUUUCUAGUUAUAUUUUCCUAAGAUUUAAACAUCAAGCAGUUACAUGCUUAAAAUAUUUAAAUUAUAAGUAUACUAUUUCAGAUUACAGCUUAUGUGUUCCCAAUACGACGAUAAAUUGAGGACACCCUAUAGCUAUACAACACCAGUGCUUGCGACUUGGUCUGCGUGGAAAAAUUAAUUUCCCGUAAAAAAAUCUACCUAUCCCACCCCUUUUCACUCUCUUGAAGGAUGAUUUCUGGGAUGAAAACUUAUGUCCUUUCCUGGCACUCAAAUUAUUUCUAUACCAAAUUUCAUCUUAUUUGAUUCAGCGGUUUAAAAGUGAAAAAGUAGCAGACAGGAAGACAGACACAAUAGGCAUGAUGACGGGAUACAGUAAAUGAAAUUCUAUUUAGUCCGUCAGUUAAAUGAUCAAAAAAUAAUGGAUACGUAAUUUUUUCUUUGGGCAAUCAACCAAAAAAUGACAAAGUUAAAGCGCGUCAAAGUUUGGGAGUAGGGGCUCGUGACGUCACUUUUAAGUGAAAAUUGUACCAAAACGUGACGUCAUGCGACUUUUCAAAUCAAUAUAUCUCGGCAAUGUUUAUAUUAUGUGCAGACCCGUCUUUCCCAGUGGGCACUUUGGGCUAGUGCCCAGGGCCCCGCGAUCGAUAGGGGGCCCCCUCAGAUCAAAUACAAAGUCCCUAGUUCCUGUUAAAUCACCAAACGGAAGUCAUAGGGCCCCAUUAUCCUAAUAUGCCCAGGGCCUCCAAUAGGUCAAAGACGUCACUGAUUAUGUGAUAAAAAUAAAAAAAAUACGUGUCCAAUACUUUUCGAUAAUACCUGAUAAAGGAAGAAAAAAAAUUAGUCAUCAUUCCGAUUUCGCAUUUAUAGUAUUAGUAAGGAUAAUAUUAAUAGCAGAGUAUAGUACCUUGUAUAAUAUCUUGUUUACACCAAGGUAAUGAGAUUAUUAAUCUGUACAGGGUUUUUUUUUUAUAGUGAGGUAGGCAAAUGACUGCCCCACCUGAUGUUAAGUGGUGAUAAAGUCCAAACGCGAAGAUAGCUGGUACAGGAAAUAGGAGUUAUAAACUGCUACACCAACCAUCCUAACCUCUUCAGCCCCAGCCCCCGGGGACGUAUGGAAUAGCGUCACCCCGGGACUGGGUCUGACAAAACAGUUAAAAAAACACAUAUAAUAAACAAACCAAAUAACCCAGACCACCUUAUUAAAGCGAAGAAAAUAGAAUAAUUAAAAAAAAAAAACCAUCCUAACCUUGCCGGCCUGCAAAAAUGCUUCUUCACGCCUCUCUUAAAGGACCCCAGAUUAUAGGAAGGAGGGAACACGUGCACGGGUAAAGAAUUCCACUUACGAAUAGUAAUAUUAAUUAUGAAUAGUAAUUUUACAUUUCGGUCGAUUAGCUGGUGCAUUUUGUUAUGAAACAGCCGAUUUUUUUUUCGCGAUUUCAGAGUUGGUCCCGUAAUACAAGUUGUUCCUGUUGAUGGGUAGAAUCACCCCCUAAGAGGUUGUUGGUGUUUUAAAAUUUACCUUGUAUAGAGGAUGCUGUCGCAUUUAGGGCCUGCGCUGUGUUAAGCGACGGGAGACCCGCUGCAUGAAGCGCUGCUUUGUGAAAUAAAUAUGAAAGUGCACGCGUAAUUCAAAGUCGGUCAUUGGAUUGGUGACCAAAAAUUUACUAUCUCGAGCUCCUCCGUGCUUCGGAAGGCACGUUAAGCCGUCGGUUCCGGCUGCAUCUGCAGUCGUUAGCACCCACCAAUCCGCACUGGGCCCGCGUGGAGGGUCAUGGCCCAAUCUCCCUAUUCCAUCCAUAGGGAAGGCCUGUGCCCCAGCAGUGGGGACAUUAAUUGGCUGAUGAUGAUGAUGAUGACGCGUAAAGGACGUCCGCUCCGUGUUCCCGCUUUACGCAGCGCACGCCCUACUAAAAAAUGUAAAAUUAUUUUAAUUUUUUGAAACUUUUGAAUUUACACAC